GGGGAAUUUUCUAGACUUGUUUGUGCUCCAUAACACAGUCUAUUUGUUUAUCCACAAUCACAAGCACAACAAGCACAUCAGCAAGCAGUCGAGAGGGAGAGGAGAGAGAUGGAGAAAUACUUUGGAAAUGCGUACAGAGGAGACCCAGGAAUACCACAUGCAGACCCAGACCGAUUCUGGAACAUCUGGAUUGGUUCCGCUGCUUUCUCCGCUCUUACUUGGGGCAACCCUUACAUGUGGCAACUUACUAAUCAAUGGAAUUGGCAUGACAGAGCUAUGAUGCAUGAGCAGCACCAUUGGAAGAAGGCCAUGGCCAAGAGGCAACCAUAUAAAUUUAAGUGGAAUGAAAUGAGCAAAGAAGCUCGUGACUCGUACUACUACAAUUGGCCUGUUUAUUUUCCUUAGGCAAUUACUUCGGCAGUGGUUUCUGGUGUUUCAAAGUCUUGGACCUGUGGUGUGACCUUACAGAUCAUGGAGUUAUUGUCUUCUCUGUGUUUGAGAGCAGCAUUUUGAUCUGUUAACCUUUUGGGAUAUGUAGUGUACAAAUGGCUGCAGUGCAAAACUAUGAUUUCUGAUUUGAUGUCUAAAGUUCUGGUAAUUAUUUGCCUAGCAGAUUGUCUGAAGCUAAACCAACCAUAUUGUGUGUGCGUUGCUUAUUUACUCAUGGGGUUCUCUUAAAUUGUUAGCCUGUGAUUUUGAAGGAACCAAGAACAGGAACCUGUUUCUUUUUAGUUA